AUGAAUCAACUCAACGUCAACGCGGCGACUCGCGAGGAGCUCGUGGAGGUCGUCAAGCAACUGCGGCAGCAGCUGCGGCAACACCAGGCGAGCACCGACCGCGCCAAGGAACAUAAGCGGCAGGUGGACCAGCUGAAGCAGAACCUUCGUGAGAAGGCGAAUGCGGUGCGGGCGUUGGAGCAGCAGAAUGCCAUGUUGUCUGAGAAGUCUGCGGCGGACGAAGAGACCAUCAGUGUCUUGAUCAAGCAGCUUGAGGAAAUGAGUGCGGGAGUGGCCGACGCGGCGAACAGUGACGGCGUCGUGGAGGCGCGUGCGGUCUCCGCAAAGGCGGCGGCGGCGGGCCCGGAGGAAAAGAGGGCGGUCGCAGCGAAGGUCGUCCAGGCCUCCGUGAAGGGGUCCGGCGGCGCCGGCGCGGCGGGAGGCGCUAGUGGAGACUCUCCGGCACCCGCAAAGGCGGCGGCAAUCAUUGCGCAGCAAAAUGAGGAAAUGGCGAAGCUUGAGAUGAAGGUGCGUGAGCUUACGGAGGUGAACACGUUCUACACGGCAAUUGUCUCGCACCACGACGAAGCGGAGCGGCUUCAGGUGGCACGGCAAGGUGCUCCUUCAGCGACGACGCCGAAUGCGGCGGCACCUGCCGCCGACACCGCCUCCCUCCGUGACUGUAUUCGUGCCUUGGAGAAUGAGCGAGAAGUCUUGCAGCGCGUGGUGCGUCAGCAGAGUCAGGAGAAGCAGGCCCUCAUGAACGAGCUCCAAGAGCACCGGGCGGAGCUCUCUCGUUUAGAGCUGGAUCUGGUGGCGGCAGAACGCUGGAAAGUCUCCGCGAGCGCGUCCUUUGAAACCGCAGAAAGUAUUACCCCUGUCUACGCUUCUUCUUCACCGCCAGCUGAGGAAUUUCCCUCCUCGCGAACGCCGGCGCGGUCAGUGAACUCGAUGCAGUACAAAAGUGGGCGUGGUAGAUCCAUACCUAGCCCCGCCGCGCGGCUCAGAAGCACCGGCCCUCCACCUGAGACACAUUCACCCGCACGCGGCCUCGCAAGCAGAACAGGUCUGCCUCAGUUGGAGAUCCUUCCUGAGAUUCGUCUGCGGAAUCCGUCCAAGCAGGAGAAGUUGCUCUUGGAACGGGUUGAGGAGUAUAGGAAAUGCAUCGAAGAAAUGCAGACAUUUGAAGUAGACCGUCGGAGAGGCUUUGACGAAAUUGAGCGUGCGCGUGCGGAGCUUUUUACCGAGAUGAACACAAAACUUGAGGAGCAGCGUCGCGAGAUUCAGCGGUUAAACAAACGGCUCGCAGCUACUGUUAGUGCGUGCCGAAACGAGGAUGAGAGGAGGACGGUGGAGAGCCGCUCCGUGAAGGAUGCAAUUACUUCACCCAUAGUGUUUCCUGUGCACGGCGGCGGCGAGCGUGCAAGCAUGCCAUCCUUCAACGCCUGCGCCUCGGCCUCCGCUGGGGAAGAUCGGGUGUUGGCAGAGGAGGAGGCUGACGGGGUCAAUGCGGCGGACGAAAAAGCGUUGGGCGGCGAUGGCGGCGCUGCCGCAGCGGACGCAGCUAUGGAUGAAGAGGCAAUACUUGAAUGCUUAGGGGCCGUCGGUGUCUCGGCAGAGACACCUGCGCAGGAGGAGGAGGGGAAAGAAGAAGGAGCAGCGACGGACACCGAGUUUGGUGGGGGCGAUGGAGCGGUGAAAAAACUGGGCAACUCUCUCGAGGCGGAGGAGGGGGAGUGGCAGGAGAUGCAGGAUGCACCUUUGCCCAAAGUUGAUUGGGCGUGGCAGCUCCUGGCCAAAGAAGAGGAAAUUGGCAGGUUAGGCAUCCUUUGCGAGGAGGGAGAUGCGGCGGUCCAAAUGCUGCAGCUGAGUCGAGCGGCCAUGGCGGCGGGGUUCGCUACACACGCUGCAAAAUGCUUAAAUGAAGUGGACGCUCUUGAAACCGCGCUUUUUGAGAUGCGGGAGUCGGUUUGCUCUCUCGAGGGGCGGGAACGAGAACUUGCGGCCGAGGUCGCACGGCUGCAGGAGGAGAUGGCGUCUAUGUCGCAGGCGGCGGAUGACACAAGUGCAUUGACUUUGCCGCAGAAGGCUUUGAUCUCCUCAUCUUGCUUGUUCGAUGCCACUUGCGCAGGCGAGCCCUGGGAACCGUUGCGGUGCGUAUGUAGGGCCUACAGCGAGGUGGUGGACGCACAGCUGGCACUCUUGCGCACAGCUUCUGCCCCUGUCGUUGCCCCCGCAAUUUCAGUCGAGGAAUUUGCCCAGCUUGGCACCGCACUGGAUGCUAUUCUGAAUAAGGCGAAUCGUGUUGCCAACGGCAUCCACGACAAAGGGAGAAGCGGCGCGGACGCAUCGUGCGAGGUUACUGCAGAGGCAAGUCCCGAGAAGGCGGCGGAGAGUGACAUGUCUGUGCUGAAUACGGCCCCAGAAUUACCUUCACAGGCGUCGCCAUUGUCCCUGCAGCCCUCGAUUGCUCCCGCCCCUGCAGCAAUCACGGCGUCUAGGGAGGCUGCAGGUAACGCCUCAACUGGCAGCCGGCACCCGCGCCAGGAACUCCCGCCGGGUCAAGCAGCCAGCGCGGAGAGGAGUGAGAGAAGCAGACCGUGGUUUGACAAAAAUCAGACCGCAUUUUCGUCUCCACCGGGGGAAAACAGUGAAAGGAACAGAUGGUUCCUGCAGCCCGCUGGCAUGUCUGCCUCAUCGCGGCGGGAACCACCCCGUGUCUUCUCUGAGGAAGAACGUUUGCACGCCACUGCCAAUGCGGCAGUAACCACCAGUAGCCCGAUGCCGUCUUUUGAGUCACAAUUCACUGAACGAUUUGCGCCGGAUCUUUUGGAUUAUUUCGUGACAUCCCGUGGGGCGGGGGAGGAGGCACAACGUGGCGCUACUGCUCAAGGUAGCGCACCUAAAGUGAGGAACGUUCUCGACCUCUUCGGCGCGGUCCUCCCCGCCGAAUCUCCUUCCAAGCAGGGCGGAGACAACAACACUUUUGUGGCGGAAUUCGAUCCGUUUGCUUGA